AUGCGAUCGACAGGGUUCAUAACUUUUCUAACAAUCGCUGUUGCUUAUACUUCUUCUCAAGCCAUUCAACAAGAGGCUUUGGCGAAGAUUUUCAAAUAUGCUGCCCCCGGACCUGUCAAAGCUGUAGGUUUUUCCCCUUCAGAAACUUUUCCUAUAUUCUUUAGCUUCAUAUAGAUUGAACUAGAAAGAAAAAUAAUGCUUUUCAUUCAGCUAACGACAAAUCUCAACAAGAAAAAGACGGCGGCCGAGCAGAAGACGGUAUUGAACAAGUGGAUCCCCAAGAACUUUGUAGGGUUCCGAAUAUUUGACCCUCGAGGAAGAUUUAAAUCUUCAGAAGGCCGCCGGAGCCACCGUCGCCAAGGGAGACAAACUGGGUAAUCAGACCUACGUGAAGCAAAAGGCGGUCGCUUUUAUCGAUUAUCGAUUCUCGCUCAAGAAGUUCAUGAACUACAUGUACAACAACGCGGUCAAGGACAAGUAUAUGACGACCGCUGAAGCGAAUAAGGUUCUUUUCAAUGUUUUCAUAGUGUUUCAAGUUCUAUUUGUUUCAAUAUUUUCCUUUCCUUAAUUUGCCUCAUUUGUCAUUUUUUGAAAUCCUGAUGUCUCUCUUUACUAACCGACAUUGAAAUAUAGCUGAUUCACGGCUGGCAUGAGCCAUCGAAAAAAUGGUCCUGGCACGAUAAUGCACGAGAUAGCGCCUAGAUCGUGGAGAGCGCAGACAGGCCACGCCCCCUUAGCGUCCCAAGCUAACCGUGAAUCAGCUAUAAUAGAAUUUAUUACCCUCUCGAUAAACCAUGAAAAAAUGUAGUUUACAGCAGAAUCGCUCCAUGAAACUAUGCAUAAUUUGAUCAAAUCCUUGAAAAUUCGAGAAUUCUUUUCUUUUAAUUGACAAAUUUCCAUUUAUAAAAUCAAAACUAAUUAUCAUUUCAAAACGAUUUAGCCUUUGUUUGAAACGUACAACAAUCGAGAUCGCAGGAAAGAAAAUGAAAUUAAUUUUUCUAUUGCCGUGUUCGACGUGAUUCCGCGAAUUUCGAAAUAGCCGUCAGAGAAAGAAAAAAAUAACUGAAUUUUGGAGAGUCAGAGAUAAUUUUGAUUUUUUUUUAUACCCAAAAAGCUUCAAAAAGUAGCACGCAAAUAAGAGAGAAUCCUGUAGUCUGUUCAGAUUUUAAAUGUCAAGCCGUCGCUCAAGCUCCGCCCAUAAUUACGCGAUAAACCAAUAAGAGAGCGAGCCAUCCACAGAGCGUUUCGGAAUGUCGUCAUUGUAUUUGAAAUUCCAAUUUUGAACAGACUACUAGAAAAAAUUCUAGUGGCCGCUAUAGAGGCUUACCAAGGACUACUUGGAAGGGACAAUAAAGUGGCCACUAAACCCACCUCUAUAGUGGCCACUAUUUUCCGUUUCAGUGGCCACUUCAGUAGUUUUGCAUCCAGUAUUCCUUCCAGUAACUCUGAUAAUUAAAAAAAACAGAUUGGGCCAGUUAUGUUGAUCCAUUGACCCCUAAAGUGGCCACUAAAAUUUAUUGAGGUCUAGUAGUAGCACUUAAACCUCUAUAGUAGCCACUAGCUUUUAAACCCUCAAGUGGCCACUAAUUUGACUACUAUAGUGACCACUAAAAAGUCAAAACCCUAUAGUGGCCACUAAAAAUUCUCAGUAUAUAGUCGAUUCACGGCUAACUUGGGAGGGGGCGUGGCCUGUCUGCGCUCUCCACCAACCAGGCACUGUCUCCUUUUUUCCUGUCAGGACUCAUUUUUCGAUGGCUCAAGCCAGCCGUCGAUCAGCUAUAACCAAAGAAGCAAAGAUUUCGUGGCGAAUGAACACAAAAAUCACCAAAAAAUAAAGCUUACUUUAAGAUGCGCGCUUUUUUCUGGAAAGCCGACGCCGAGUCUCACAACGAUUACUCGGCUACCGUCCAGGCUGCCACCUCAAAUGCGGCUCGAAUUGUUUCAGUUCAUUGAUUUUUCCAUUGAUUAUGAUGUUCAGACUGGCAAAUCGGACAUUUUGGAACACUACCAAGCCUGGUCGUUCGCUUUCAAGAGGGCGAAUCCCAAGGACUAUGCGAAUCUCGCCUGGAGCCUUUGA